ACUGUUAGCAAAAAAAUCUGUUAUCACAGUUGAAAAAAUGUAUAAUAUUGUAUUGUUUUGACUUAGUAGGUCAAUCGACAUACUAUCUCACCUGGAAUCGACGUUGCGUUGUGCACAGAAUAAAUUAUUCUGUAGUUGUGUUGGCUGUUGCCCUUCGUUUUGAUAGCAAAACAUGACUAAUUACAAUAGGUAUUAGGUUUCCUUAUUUCAACCUGAUCUGAUUUCAAUUCAGGAAGUCAAUAACAACAGACAACAGUGUUCUUGAAUCAUUAUUGAACUCUUAUAACCAGUUAUUAGUUUAUCUCACUAGAACUUUUAAUUAGAACUUUUGUUAACAGAAAAUCGUUUCAAAAUUGAUCGCCUAUAAUGUUAAACACAGGGAAACUAUCCGGAUUAACUAUAUUCAUAACAGGAGGAAGUCGGGGAAUAGGUAAAGCUAUAGCCAUAAAAGCAGCUAGGGACGGCGCAAACAUCGUUAUAGCUGCAAAAACAGCUGAACCACAUCCAAAACUGCCAGGAACUAUUUAUACAGCAGCUAAGGAAGUUGAAGAAGCGGGUGGAAAAUGUUUACCGUGCGUAGUAGAUGUUAGAGAAGAGGGACAGAUUGUGGAUGCCGUUAAUAAGGCGGUUAACAAAUUUGGAGGAAUCGAUAUUGUUGUGAACAAUGCUAGCGCAAUAUCAUUGACUGGCACCCUUGAAACCGAUAUGAAAAGAUACGACCUCAUGCAUAACAUUAAUACAAGAGGAACAUUUUUAGUGUCGAAAUUAUGUAUACCCUAUUUAAAAAAGAGCAAACACGCUCAUAUUUUGAAUCUUAGUCCACCAUUAAAUUUGAACCCGGUUUGGUUUCAAAAUCAUGUUGCGUACACUAUGGCAAAGUACGGCAUGUCAAUGUGUGUCUUGGGCAUGUCUCAAGAACUCAAACAAUACAAUAUUGCUGUUAAUGCGUUGUGGCCAAGAACUGCAAUUUACUCUGCUGCCUUAGAAAUGUUGUCUGGUCCGGAUUCGUCUAGACAAGUUUCUCGUAAACCGGAAAUUGUUGCUGAUGCUGCUUAUGCAAUAUUGUGUAGAUCGGUAGAAAGGUGUACAGGGCAAUUUUUAGUUGACGACGAUGUACUACGAGAAGAAGGUGUUACUGAUAUGGAGCAAUAUCUAAAUGACCCGAAUUACAAAGGAGAUUUAAUGCCAGACUUCUUUUUGGAUGGGAUUUUACCUCAUGACGGUUUUACCCAAGGCCAAGUUCAAAGUAAAAAAACCAAUGGAGCUGAAGAUACAAUCGAAAAAAUAUUUACUAAAAUCAACACUCAUUUGACUCCCGAAGUAGCUAAAGGAACGAAUGCUUGUUUUUUGUUUGUUGUAAAAGGAGAUGAAGAUAGAACAUACUAUGUAGAUUUAACUGGAAAUGGAGAAGCUGGCAAAGGAAAACCUUCAACAAAACCAGAUGCUACUUUGACGAUGGAAGCCGAUAAACUGGAAGAACUAUUUGAUGGAAAGCUCAAAGCGGCUGACGCUUAUAUGUCGGGUAAACUGAAAAUAGGCGGCAGUUUAAUGAAGGCAAUGAAGUUGGAGAAACUUAUGAAGUUAUUGAAAGCCAAAUACUAAAAACCAGUACAUAAAAUUGGAAUUAUGUCAUGUGAAAAAUUGUUUAAAUAUUUUGUCAGUGCAUUGCGUUUUUUGUUGAAAAUAUUUAUAAGCAAGGUAUUACUGGUUAGUAGUAACUUAAUAAAAUAAAUUGUUCUAAACUAGAGAUUCAUACAACAAAUAGUAGGUAUUAGUUAUAUAUUUUAUUAAAAUUAUUAUUGUUUAUUAUUUCAUAAAGCUCUAUUUAGAAUAAAUAUUUUUGUCUAACCUUAUUUUUUUACUAACAUAAUAUUGUACUCAUAUACUUAAGACUGAGCAUAUAUUGUAAUCAUGUUUUAAAUUUUUUUAUCAAAUGUAUUAUGAAUAAUAAUACAUAAUGGUAUAUGAUAAAAUAAAAUAUUUUUAAUUUUGUUGUUCA